UAGCAAGUUCUGGAUUAACAUAGUCUCGUAUUGAGAUUAAUGCGCGUGAAAAAAAUAAAAGUUGUUCCAUGCUCGACGAAUAUGUUCCCGUCAACUUCAACGUGUCUUUAUGUCACAUUGACUUCGUAAAAAUUCGACUUGAAAGAAUUUCUACUGUCUGUGGAGGAUCCGUUUUAAGCAUCAUAUAUAUAAUCAUAGUGUAUUCAACUACACGAGUGCAUCACGCAAUUUCUACACUCUAAUUAGAUACAUAUUUUCCUGUACGUAAAUUACGCUCAAUUCUUUAAAUAUUUUUUUGAGGAUUUUUCUUGACGUGACGCUUCUGUUGCGUAGAAGAAACAUGUAUAUAAAUGGGUAUCUGGCACACGAACGCUUAAAGUGAUCGAGAAGUGAUAUGCGAAAUAAGUUCAUUGCGAAAUUCUUUUUUUUAUUAUUAAAACAUUCUAACAAAGUAAAUAUAUAUAAAGUUCGAUUGAUAAAAUUACCGGAGUAAAUAUCCAGGGAACAAAAGCUAGAAGAACAAUUUGGUGUUACAUGUAUGUAGAGUAAAUUAAUGAAUAAAUCAUUGAAUCGUAUCGUAGUUGAGAGGACGGUUAUCAGGAAAAAAAAAAUAAAACCUACAAAAACAAUUCUCAAUGACCGCGCUGUGUUACAUGAUAACGUAAUUGUGCUUGGUGUGUACGCGGCAUAAAUUUAUAACUUGAUCGUCGUUAACGCAUAGCACCGCGAGAGUGCGCGUUAUUUAGUGAAAAAAAAUGGUGGUUAUUUGGGUGUAGUCGGACGAUUUUCUGCACAAAUGUGAAUACCGGUUGACUAAGAAAUUACGUGUGCUGUUUGUCAGUGCGUCGCAAGGCUAAUAUGACUGGAUCUAUAUCAGAGAAUCAUUUAACUUCUUUGGUAUUAAAUAUUUAUUAAAAAAUUGAAGUAACAGAGUAUAUUUGAUAAUUAAGAAGAAAAAAAAUCUGUGAUGAAUAUAAAACAUACUCUGUACAUUUGCAUAAAUGCAUCCAGUAUUUUAUAGUUUGAAAAAUAAAAUUAAUUAAAGAUACAUACUGUUUUCCUGAUGAAUAAUAUGACAUUAAAAGUUCUUAUAAAAUCUUUAUCCAAGUCGAAUUGAGAAAGAAAGAAAUAUAUAUAUAUAAAAAUUUAUAUAUAUAUAAAUAUAUGUACAUAUAUAAAUAUAUGUACAUAUAUAUAAAAUAGGAGGCAAGGAUUUUUAUAAAGUGAAUUCUUUCAUACGUUGGUUAUGUGCAAUGCCGAGAUGCUGCAAUGAAAACAAGGCAGUGAGUUCGGUUGGCACUAGUCGGGAACAUAAUACAGAAGAUAUUUUAUUAACACAGAGUCGUUCUUUUACUAUUGGAAAUCAGUUGGAAUUAGAGGAAGAUCCACCAAUUGUUGAGAAAUCACACAGAAGAGUAAGGUGUGAUCUAAGUCCAGUUCCAACAAGCACAAGUACUAAUUUGAAUAUAAAGCUUUUAAGUAUUAAGGGAGAUAGAAAUAUUCGUCAAGAUCAAGUGGACACUGGAUCUGGUGGGUACAGAGAACGGAAAAAAGAAAUUAAAAAGAGAGCAGCUAUAGGCAAUACAGUGCGUGGAUUUCUCUCAUCUGGCCACAGCAGGCAGGACAGGUAUGAGACAAAUAGACAACAAUCUUCAGGUGGAAGUGGCCUGUCAAGUUUAUGUCCAAAGCUGGUGGCCAGUGGAGGUGGUGGUAAUCAGGGUGGGAUUAGUCUAUCAGUGGGCCACUUAGCCUCUCAGGAAGCAGGAGGCCCUUGUUCAGUUGUAACCACUCAAAGGAUUCAUAACCAUACACAUAAUCAUAAACGCCAAAGAAAAUUAUCUAUUGUUUCACAAGCUGGCACUAGUGCCCAUAAUUCUGGUGAUAGAAAGACAUCAAAUAUAAACCGUUCCUCUACACCAAUUUGCAAGAAACAAGUACGGACACAAAGAACGGAUGUUACUGAUUCAUUGUCUAUAACAAGUAACGGAAUCGCUAGUAAUUCACCUUCUUCUAAAAAGAAAGUUUUAUCUGCAUUACGAAUUUCUGAAAAGUCAUCAUCUCGGAAUCUCAAUUCACCAUCUUUAGAUCAUGAAAAUGACCGCAGUUUUAGCGAUGCAGAGGAAGCUAUUACAGCAACAGAAAAUGUCUUCAAUGUGCCAGGAUCCACUUCCACACCAUCGACACCACUUAGUCGACUGAAAUCAAAAAAAUCGGACGAAGAUGAAACGAGUAUGGAAUGCAAUAUUAGUGAAGAAGGUGCUGAUUUGUCACAGAACACAUCAGACAAAAAAGAAUCAUUAAAUCCUAAUGAUCCUAAUGAACAAAGGGCAUCUACAUCAGAAUGUUUUGAAUUCUCUAAAACUUCGAAUAUUACAAGAAAAAUAUCAACAAAUAGUGUUGAAGAAGAAAUAGGUGCACAGAAUAAACAAAAAUUAUUUUCCACUUCUUCCACAAGUACGAAAUCCACUGAAUGCAAAUCUAUAAAAUCUAGAAGUAAAUAUGUUACAGAAAAGAUGAUUGAACAGCAAAAUAAUAAAAAUUUAAAAGAAGCAAAUAUGGAAAGAAACAUAGAUACAACUUUGGCCACAGAAAUGAGUUCAACAAUAAAAAAAAAUAACGAAAAAACAAAACAGAAAACGUCUAACGAAGAAUCUACUAAUAUUGAAGAGAUUGAAGACUUAGCCAAAAAUUUGGAAAAAAAUAUGAUAGAUGACAAAAAGAAUACGCAACAAAGUGAAGAGAAGAUAAAAAGUUCAAGAUUUGUAACAUCAAAAGUAUCGGAAGAAAUUAUAGAUACUGAAGUUAAGGAUAUAGAUGCCCAAAGAGAAGUAGAAGAAGAAGAAGUAACAAUAUACGAUGAUGAUAAUGGCACCAGUAUUAGUGAUAUUGUUGCUGCUCAAGCGCUUCAUGAAUCUCUGAGUAAACUAGGAAAAGUGCCACCGUUAGAUACAGAAAUGGAGAAUGUCAGUGGUGCAAACACGCAAGACGAAAUCAAAAUGGCGAAAGAAGAAAAAGGAGAAAUGGCGAAAGAAGUCGUGCAAGAAGAAACGGUGGAAGGAUUUAUCGGUCCUUUACUUGAUGAAAAUUUCAAAGCAGAUGAAAAAUUAACGCAGAAAACAAUGGCUAUGGAAGAAGUACGAAAUUUAUUAAUGAAAGUUAAAGUGCAAACUGUUGAAGAUGAUGAUGACGAAGAAAAGGCCAUAGGUAUAUCACCAGAUGGUAGAUUUUUAAAAUUUGAAGAGGAAAUUGGUAGAGGCAGCUUUAAAACUGUGUACAGAGGUCUGGACACUCAAACUGGUGUAGCUGUUGCUUGGUGCGAAUUGCAGGAAAAAAAAUUAAAUAAAACAGAAAGAUUAAGAUUUCGAGAGGAAGCAGAAAUGUUGAAGGGGUUACAACACCCAAAUAUUGUUAGGUUUUAUGAUUAUUGGGAAGUUACACUUACACGUAGAAAAUAUAUUGUGUUGGUUACUGAACUUAUGACUUCAGGAACAUUGAAAACGUACCUAAGGCGAUUUAAAAAAAUUAAUCCAAAAGUAGUAAAAUCUUGGUGUCGACAAAUUUUGAAAGGCCUUAGUUUCUUGCAUUCGAGAUCGCCACCAAUUAUUCAUCGUGAUUUAAAAUGUGACAAUAUUUUUAUAACUGGUACUACAGGAAGUGUAAAAAUUGGCGACUUGGGACUUGCUACUCUUAAAAAUCGAAGUUUUGCAAAAAGUGUUAUUGGAACUCCUGAAUUUAUGGCACCAGAAAUGUACGAAGAACAUUACGAUGAAUCUGUUGACGUUUAUGCGUUCGGAAUGUGUAUGCUUGAAAUGGCUACUAGUGAAUAUCCAUAUUCAGAAUGUACUGGACCGGCUCAAAUAUAUAAACGUGUAGUAUCGGGUGUAAAGCCGCAGAGUUAUGAUAAAGUGGAAAAUCCAGAAGUACGUGAAAUUAUAGAAAUGUGUAUUCGUCUAAAGAAAGAAGAACGACCCUUAGUUAAAGAUCUUUUAAAUCACGAAUUUUUUGCGGACGAUGUUGGAUUAAAAUUAGAAAUGGUUUCGAGAGAUUCGGCCGUAGCGGAUGCUGAAUUAUCGCGCGUAGAAUUCCGACUCAGAGUGUUGGAUCCUAAGAAACGUACUAACAAACAUAAAGAAAAUGAGGCGAUACAGUUUGACUUUGACAUUCAAACUGACAACGCAGAAGAAGUAGCCUCGGAAAUGGCUAAAUCUAGCCUUAUACUCGAAGAAGAUGUUAAGGCUGUGGCAAAAAUGUUAAAAUCGCAAAUCAGUACUUUGUUGCGAGAAAGAGAAGAACGUAAAGCCAAAGAAGAAAAGGAACGUUUAGAUCGAGAAGCAGAUAGUGCUAAUACAACUACUGAAAAUUUGCUGCAACAACAAUUAUUACUUCAACAAAUGCAAUUGCAACAACAGCAACAACAACAGAUGCAAUCAAACAUGGGUAUUCAAAUCCAGGGUCAAGUACAAAUGCAAUUGCAACAGACUCAAAUACCUUUGCAGCAACAGCAGCAACAGAUACAAACUGCUGCGCAACAACCUCCGCAGCACAAUUUACAACCACAGCAAGUUCAGUUGGUUCAACAACAACCAUUAAUGCAACAACAAACCUCUGUUGUUCAACCACAGCAAGCACAGCAAAUGCAACAAGUACCUCAAGUUUCACAGCAGCAAGUACAAUACCAACAACAGCAAUAUCAACAGCAGUUACAACAACAAUAUCAACAGCAGCAGCAGCAACAACAGCAACAGCAGUCACAACAAUUUCCUUCGCAUGUUUCACAAAAUUUAACUGCUACUUCACAAUGUUCUACCCCUCAGACUGUACAAACUCAAUCACAGUUUUCUCAAGUACCUCAACAAAUACAGCAACAGCAACAUUUACAUCAACAACAGCAAUAUAUACAAUUGAAUGUGCCGCAACAAAUGGGCCAUCAAAUACAACAGCAAAUGCCGCCACAGAUACAAAUUUUACCGCAACCACAACACAUGCAUCAGCAAAUACCCCAACCUCAGCAAGUGCAGUAUUCUCAGCCGCAAAUACAGCAUGUUCAGCAAGUACAUCCGCAUUCAGUGAAUUCUCCACCAGUUCAAAAUCAACAAUACUAUCAACAAAGUGCAACAGGAACCUCAGGAUACAGUACGCAAUCUAUAUAUCAACAAAAUAUAUCUCAACAAAUGUAUCAUUCAUAUGCUGGCUCAAAUUCUUCUGGCCAUGUCGAAAUUUUACCAUCCAACCAAUCUACUGCCCAAAUAUAUUCUCAUCCGAGCAUCCCUCAGAAUACAGCACCUCCAACUUCACAACCUUACAUACAACCACAACCAGGGCAAGCAUCUGUACCAUCCGGUCUAAAUAUUCAGAGCACAUCAUCAGCAACUCACAUACAAAAUACAAUAACUUCGACGAUUCCAAUGCAAAAUGCAUCAUCGAUUAUUUCAAAUGGUGGACACCAACCUCAACAUCAACAAAAUGUUUUAGUUCAGAUGCAAUAUUCGCAAAAUUCUAAUAUCCCUACUACUAUACCUAUAUCAUCUGGUAUUUCUGUGCAAUCAACAACAACAUCUCAACAUCAACAGUCUUUUAUUUCAAAUACAGAGCAAUGUUCUAACACAGAUAGAUCAUCCUUAUCUAAACAAGAUACAAUGGAUUCUGUGCAAUCUUUACCACCAGACAUACCGUCUAAUAUUCAGGAUCAAGGGAACGUUUCUAUUAUGUCUGGUAGCGCUACAUCCCAAGCAACAGUGCCAAAUGAAGGAAUGAGUCAAGAAAAUGCCGAAAAUGUCGCUUCGUCUGAAAGGUCUAAAGUAAAAAGAUCUGGUACAAAACGUAAGAAGCCUGGUAUAAAAUUAACAGUUUUGUCUGUAAGCAGUAACGAGGGACAAUCAAUGACUGUUGAGUGUCAGCUAGAUACCAGUAAACAAAAAACUGUAACAUUUAAAUUUGAUAGGGAUGAUAUGGUACCUACUGACAUUGCUAACAAUCUGGUUGCUGAAAACUUAUUACCACAAUCUCAAUGCGAAACAUUCGUUGAACUGAUAGAAGAUAUUGUUAAACAAUUGCGUUUAGACCCUACACGGUCUUUACCUCUAGUAGCACAUGGUCCACCAGAUCAAUCUGCCGGUGGUAGUCCAGUUACGAGUCGUCGACCUAGAGAUCGUGACCACAGUCUUGAUACAGCUAAGCAGGUGAGACAUGGCUCGCUAACUCGUCAAAGCAGCCACCGAUCGUCGUACAAAGUCCAUCGUAGACACCGUUCGAGAGACGAAACUUCAAAUACUUCUACACCUACGAAAUUGUUACCGAUUGACCAAAUUCUUUCUCAUAUUACGGGUUCCGCUUCAACUGAAAAACAACAAAAUGUGCAAACACCUGACAGCCAGAUGGGUCCUGAAAAUACAUCAGCUGAAGCUUCCAGAAGAUCAUCGACUUCUACACAAAAUACAGAUACAUUAACACCGACUAAUUUACCAAGCGAUCCAACUGAUCCAACUCAGGAAACUAUCGUUUCUGUAACAACAGCAGACACAGUUCUAGACGUACACAACAUACUUAAAGAUGAAAUCGCUAAAUCAACAAAUCAAAGUCAAACAAACGAUUCGGUCGUAAAUCAAACAAACGAAAAAUCUAAAGAAUCCAUGGUUCAGGACGAAACAGAGCAAGAAAAGGAAAUAAAUAAAGAACCACAACCUGACGCUUUAGUUACAGAAAUGGCAACAUUAACUGCACCACCUCCAGCGCGAAAAAUUUCUCGUUUCUUAGUUAGUCCUGUAGUCGAGCAAAAAGUUGUUACAAGCGAAGAGGAGGAAUCUACUACUACUGUAGAAAGUGUAGAUAAAUCUAAUAUAUUAACAACACAAUCUAGUUUAUUAUUGCAACCAAAUACGAUUGAUGAAGGACAAGCAAAACACGAUGAUCUAGAAGUAAAUGUUUUGGAGACACAAGCUACAAUUCCUGAGAAAUCUAAUAUUGAAACCGUUACGCAAAGUCCUCAGUGUGUCGUAGAACAAAUGGACAAUAUUCAAACAAUUCAACAACCGGUACAGCAAUCGAUCAAUCCUCAAACUACUGUACAAGGGCAACAAGCGAUACUACCCAUGUCACAAAUGCAGCAGAAUGUUAAUGCUACGCAAUCUAGUCAACAUAACGUAAUUGUUCAAGGAUCGGCAAUAACGCAGCAAUCACCUCAACAAAUACAAGUUGCACCUCAAAGUGUAACUCUGUCACAGAAAGAUCUACAGACUCAAGUUUCUUCGAGUGGAAUCAAUUUACUAGGGCAGUAUCAAAAUCAAUCUAUACCGUGCAAUGUUCUGUUACAACAACAACAAAUUACCGUACAGCAAAAUUUAACGCAAAUGCACAUUCAGUCUGAACAUCAGGGACAAAUGCAAGUUCAACGACCGUUGCAACAAUUUCAACCUCAGCAAAUACCGCAACAACAACAACAACAACAACAACAACAACAACAGUAUGUAAUACUUUCUGGGCCUAUUUCCCAAUUGCAACCAACUGCAAUCAUAGAUGAAAGAAACCGCAGAAUUUCUAAUAUUUCUACUACAUCGAACAUGUCCACGGAUUCACAAAUUUCAGAAAUUGCUAGUGUAACAGAUGACAAAAAACAAUCACUAAUUGUGCCCAAUUUAUCGAUGCCUCAAAUGCAGUCUGUACAAUAUAUUUCUCAAACAGAUGGAUCAAACAUCACUCCUUUGUCGCAAACUGUUUUAGAACCAAUCCAACAGCUUCAAACGGCUCCUCAAACUAAUGUCCCCAGUGUAUCUGCACCUGUACACCAAGUUGUCAGUGCAGAAGUUACUCCUAAAGUUAUGCUUAAAACGAAAGAAGUUUCAUCAACGCUUCCAGAUUUAGCACAAAAUUUAGCAAAUAUACUUUCAAACCCAAAAUCAAAAUCUGUGACUCCACAUUGUUUAACUACCCACGAGCCAAGCCAAACUGUAAAUAUUUCCGGAACCACAAUACUCGAAUAUAAACCCACUCUUCAAUCUGAGCAGUAUUUCCAACCUAUUCAACCUGAAGCAAGUCAAAUACAAAUACAGCCACAAUUACCACAUAAUUAUCAAGCGAACAUGACACAACAAGUAAUUCCACAAACGUUUCAAAUCAGUCAGCAGUCUCAUCAAGCUCAGGUACCUUUGCAACAAACAAUGCAACUAAAUACAACUCAUCAGAUCGAUUCUCAGUUACAAAUGGCACAACAAAACUUCCAAGGAGUAGCGGUUCACGCAUUAACUUCACAGAGUAAAUGGAUUGCUCCUAUGAAUCAAAUAAUACAGCAAACUGCGCCGAUAAGACAUGUUCAACAGACCCAGCCACAAUUGCAUCAAACUAUCUCACAAUACGUUGUACAAGAUACUCAAAAUUUAGAAGGUUCUACUCCUUCUGAUCAGUCUCAGUUUCAUUUAAAGCUCCCUGAUCAACAACUCUCAGGAAAAAUAUUCGAAACGGAAGCUCAAGAAGGAAUCAGUUCAACUGGGCGUACAAGUUCCGAGUGUCCAUUGUUAUCAGAGAAUGAAAAUUCUAGCCAUGAUAUAACUCCUGAACAUACGAUCGUUGAGUCAGUUGAUUCAGCAUUAUUUACACAAAACCAAAUAUUGCAACAACAGCAACAGCAGCAACAACAACAACAACAUCGAAAACUUAGUCAACAGAAUUCCUUAGAUAAAGUCACAGAUACGAGCACUGGCACUAGUGUUCCAGGUGGAACAGGUCCACAAACAAUAGCAGAUCUCCAUCAGAAGCUUGUUCAAUUAACAAGUCAACCAUCUGAAGCACUUAAUGUAGGCACGCCACCAAUAAGUUACCCAGCUACCCCUCAUAAUCACCAAAUGAUAGGUGGAUAUGAUGCCUAUAUGCAUUCUUUGCAACAGAAACUUGUUAAUAUUGGCAUGCCAAUUUCCACUACACACGGUACAGGACCUCUAUCACCUCAGACUACGUUACAGUCUACUGCAACCUUGAGUGAUUCAAGUGUUACAACAAGCGUAGAAAAUUCUGUUUUAGUUCAGGAAAACUCGAUUCAUCAACUUGCGCUUUCUCAAACUCACGUGGAUUGCUCUCUCGAUAGUCCAACACCUGGAGGAGCUCCUAUAGGAUCUGAAACUAUGAGUCCCAGCAAAGAAAGUAUAAAAGUUCGAACACAAAGACCAGGAUCUCGUCUUCAGGAAUUAGAACAGGAAUUAGCAAAAAUUCAUCAUAGAGGGUCGAUUCUAUCAACAGUUUCGCCACAACCUUUAACACCGCCUGUAUCCGUCGUUGGUUCUGUCCAGGUGCAACCCUCACAACCUACUCAAAGUUUAUUGACUACCGUUCCACCUGUAACUGCUGUGCCUGUCGCUACUGUUACUCCCAGUGUCAUUACAUCACGCUCAGAUACGAAUACUCCAGUGCAAAUAGAAUCUCAAGAAAAUGCUUCUGAGAAGGUUAGUACAACACAACCUGUUAGAAAAAUAUCAAGAUUCGUGGUUUCCAAGGUCGCAGGUCCUCCUAGUAAUGCUGCUAUAUCAAUUCAACAACAUGCCGAUAUACCAAAAAGCCAAAUAGAAGAUUCAAAGGUUUAUCAUGUAGAUGAUACACAGGGUACACCAGUGCAAAUAAUUCAUAGUCGUGAAGGUUCUUUACCACCUACGCAAAUCACUCAAUCUAUUAAUGCUUCUGUCAUAGAACAAUCAGAAAAGGACGAGAGAUUUUGGACAUUGACACCAAGUGAAGAAUAUCAGUUGCUUAUAAAAAAACAAACCAUGGAAUUGGAAACACUGCAGAGAAGACACAGAGAAGAAUUGGAACGAUUUCAACAGCAUCAAUUACAGCUAUUAAUUCAACAACAACAGCAAGCAAGUGCGCUUCAUCACCAUCAACAUCAUCCAGUGCUUUAUCAUACCGUUACGACUAGUGUGACAGGACAGACCAGACUUCCAGGUACAGAAGAUUAUUUAAUGUUUAAUACAACACCCCAAACUCCUUUGCAAAAAGCUCCAAGUAAUUAUCCAGAUACGGAUGAAACAUUACGAUUAGCUAUGCAGAAAUUGAAGCAAACUCCUUUGCAACUACAAUCACAACAGGCAGCAACUGGAAUACCACAUGCUUAUGUUAUUCCAAUUCCAGUAGUGCCUUCUGAAACUAUGCAAAAUGUGUCUAAUCAAUCUGCUAGUUAUUCGAGUGAAAUCACAGAAUCUCUUGAACCAUUACAUAAUCCGGCAAUUAUAAAUCCUGCGCAGUAUCAGUUCACACCUAUUUUACCAGACGGAACAAAUAUUGCAGUAUCUUCUGGAUCAUUAGUCACACCUAUACCGAUAUCAAGUUCAACGGGAAGUGGAGGUUACAUUCAGUAUCACGAUAAUCAAACGUUAUCAAAUUUUCAAGCAUUCAGCUGUACACCACAUGGUGGUUUCUUUUUACCAGCUGGCUAUCGACUAAUAUACGCUCCACCUGGUGGAACGUCACAGUCUCAACCAGCUACGCCAGCUACCCCACAUAUAGGAAAUUCUCAUGAUGGUACACCGCCGGCAGAACCUUUGCAUACCACAAAUGUCGACAAUUCAACAGCUUCUUCUUCCCAUAUCGAUCAAUAACGUAAUCUUCAACGAGUUAUGAUCUAUAUUUUUCGAUUUAUUCAUUUUUCUAACACAUUCUUUAUUUAAACGUUGCCCUUUAUCCACUAGUAUGAGAAUCAUGCAUUAUUACGAUUGUUAUUCUAUUAUAGUUUUGCUAAUUGCGCUACCCUCAUCCUCGUGGGUAUGUAUGCGGGGAGACGCGAAUGAAAGUAUUUAGGAUGUAUUCGAUAUUGUAACAUCCGUGCGUAAUUGCUGAAAUAUUCUCGUUAUCUAUGCGUGAGCAUGAUAUUAUCUGAUAUGUGCCUCGCAGGAAAAUUAAAACCUCGAUUCGUACAUGGAGAAUAUUUUGAAUUAAGCUUCUGGAUAAAAAACGAUAGGAAAGAAAAAGAAAUAAAA